AGUACCUUGACUUGAUACCUUCGACCUUCUUUCGGAACCAAGAACUUAAGUUUAUUUUCUUGUCCAAACAAACCAUAAUCAUAAAUUUGUGUUUUGGAUUUGUAGAUAUGGGCUUUAAAAUGUAUAAUUACUUUACUAGGACCUAGUUUGUUUUUAUUUUUGUAGAUGAAAAAGUAGUUCUGUCAUAGGCUAGGGCCUAGUGCGUUUUCUUUUCUUGCUUAGUUUCACUUUUCUUUUCACUACUAGGCCUAGUCUGUUGACUGUCAUUACGAAAUAGUGCAGUGACGCCAGUGACAUCGAAAUGAAUUCAGAACAACAAUUAUUAGAAGAACUAAAAUUGUUGUUUCCUAAUUUCACGAUAACAUUACAAGACUUGCGAACACCAACUGAAGAGUUUGUCACCUCAUUUUAUUCGUUUUGGCUUACUGAAUUCGAAGUCAACAUAGCAAGCCUUCCACAGAUCCAGUUCAGCCAGCAGACAGCUAAUAUUAGUGCUUAUCCAGAUGCGUAUUCUGCAACAAUUCCAAAACUGAACUUACUGGUCGCCAUCAGAGCUUACAAUGUUGUGCCUGAUUUUGGGAUGUUGGACAUAAUAUCACCAACUCCUAAAAGAAUACAAACCGUCAUCAGAGCAUUCUGUGACUUCUAUCAGUGGUGUGAUUGUCGUAUUGAAGCCAUCAUUGAUGUGAAAAAACAUAAGAAAAUCAAAGAAAAGAAGCAACUUCUUGCUAAUUUGGUGAGAGAAAAACAAAACCUGCAAGAAGAGUUAAAUAAUAUUUUUAUAACCAUCGGACAGCUUCAGGAUUCUAAGAAGGAGAUGGAGGAAAACAUGAUGAAAUAUCAGCAAUAUGCGUCUGAGUUGAGAUUGCAGAAGGACAUUUUGAAAACUCAAUCUGAAGAAGCCAAUGCCAGGAUCAGAGAAAAAGAAGCUGUUCUUCAUAAAAUCAUGAAAGAAGAUUCACAGGUGUCAAACAAAAUAAAAGACUACUCAAACCAAAUCGUCAACUCUCCAACCAACAUUCUAACUGACUUGGAGACUCUGAAGGGGAAAAACGAAGAGAUGAAAGUACUGUCUGAGCAAAAGCGAGACAUGGUAGAGAGCAAGAUGAAGGCCCAGCAGAAUCUGGAGGAGAUCCUUAACUCCAUGGAGGGGAAGAAGAAUCAGCUGGACGAAGUGAUAAAACUUGUGGACCACCAAAGAAAGCUACUUCAUAUUGUAUCUGUUAUUGAAAAGAAUGGUAUCGCUCGUCAAGAGGAACUGGAAGAGUUGAAGUCUUCUCUAAUGUCCAUUAAGAAAAAGAAGAUCACCGGCCAAGAAGAAUUGCAGGCUUUGGUGUUGAAAUUCAAGACCAUUCAAGAACAACUUAUCCAGAGCAUCGAGGCUGUACAAAGUGAAUUGAAAAACCUAAAAAUCGCAAAGAGUAAAAUGAUCGAUGGUCUGAAGGAUGAUGCAGAACUCGAAGAAAAGAUCAACUCAAUGAUGGAGAAGAUAAAGGCUGAUUCCAAACCCUUUUGCAAUGAGUGCGAGAAGAUUUUGAACCAAGAAAAAGCCUAUUUAAAAAAGAUAAAAUCAGAAGGAGAAACACAAAUGAAGACUUUGGAAGUGAAAGUGAAAGUAGAAAAGAUAUCGCCAAAGAAGGAGUCUAAAAAGUAGACUCUGGUAUGGGGCGGAUUAAUUUCUACCAGAGACUUCUCACAACCUCAUCUUUUGUAAUUAAUAUUCAAUACUUUAAACUGUAAUUUAUAUACUUUCAUAUUCUUUUGAUAAAUUAAUUAAACAAAA